AUGAAUAACCUUGUUGCGAAUUACGCGGAUAGCGAUGAUGAGUCACCAAGACGACGAUCGUCAAGUAUGAAAGAUGAUGAGGAGGUUGUUGAGGAAAGGAAGCGCCGGAAUUCCGAGGCGAUGUUCGAUGAUGAUGAUGAUGAUGAUGGGGUUCGUGGGGAAUCUGCGAAGAAUGGCAACUUCUCGUCGGAUGAUGAUGAUGAGUUUGCGGAACCGCCGCCGCCGAAACGACACGCCGACACACCGUCGCCGGGAAAUGUUCGAACGCCGCAAAACGUAAUGCCUCAUACAAGUUCUCAAGCUUCAUUAGUCUCGUAUUCCGGCGAUAACGAUGAUGAGCCAGAAGAAAAACGAAAAAUCGAGGAGGACACUCCGCAGCUAUCGGAGCCGAAGCCGCCGGCGCGUGUGAGUCAGGACGAAGACACAGAUGAGGAAGAGAGACUAAUUGAUUUGGCGUUGGAGGAAAGCAAGCAGGCGAUUUCAAAGAUGAAUCAGGCGUUGUCGCCGGCGGGAUCGGACACGCCGGCAAGAGAAAGUUCGGUGGAAAAUGGGGAUUUGGAAGACAAGUCCAAGGCGCACGGCGACGCCGAGCCGGAAUUCGCGCACGAUGAUGAUAUUCGAAUACCGGCGCCGCCGGAAAUCGACGUUGAUGAGAGACUUCAGGCGAGAUUUGAGGCGGCGUUUCGUCAGAAGGCGAUGGGAAUUAAUUUGAAUCAGCAAAUCCAAUCGCGCAAAGAUUUUUGCAAUCCGAUGAGCUAUGAGCAAUUUAUUGAUCGAUUUGAUAUUGAUGAAAAAGGUACGAAUUUUCCGUCCAAUAUUUUCGAUCCUCAUUGUAUCCCGGAGAAUUGUUUUUAUGAUAAAAUUGGGGAAGAGCAGAGGAAGCUCAUGGAGGCGCAGCAGACGGCAAAUGCUAAGAAACUUGCAAAAUGA